UUUAGAUUUUCACUCUUCAACAAUAUCAUCGUCACUAUAUGGCUACCAUUUCACUCAGGCAUAACCCUCAAGUCAACAACACCAACCAGCAACGUGAAAUCAUCACCGAAGAGAUCCAAGGACUCAUUAGAGUCCACAGAGAUGGACGUGUAGAGAGACCACCGAUUGUUCCUACUGUCUCCUGCACAGUCGCAUCAUCAUCAUCAUCAUCAUCGUCUUCAAGUGCCAAAGAUGUUAUCAUCAACAAAGAGACAAACUUAUGGGCACGUGUUUAUGUGCCUUCAAUGAGUUAUCACACAAAGCCUCUUCCUUUGCUUGUGUACUUCCAUGGUGGUGGAUUCUGUGUUGGUUCUGCUGCUUGGAGCUGUUACCACGAGUUCUUGACCAACCUUGCUUCCAAAGCAAACUGUGUCAUUCUCUCUGUGGAUUAUCACUUAGCCCCAGAGAAUCGUCUUCCUGUGGCAUACGAUGACGGUUUCAACGCUCUCAAGUGGGUCAAAAGAGAAGCGAUGAACAUCUCCGGUGCGCAAAAGUGGUGGCUGACUCACUGCGACAUGUCUUCCGUUUUCCUCGCCGGUGAUAGUGCAGGUGCCAACAUAGCUUAUAAUGUGGCCACCCGCAUGGGAUCAUCAUCAUCAUCAAACGCGACGACACCAUUAUCCCUCAAGGGUGUCAUACUGAUCCAACCUUUCUUCGGAGGAGAAGAAAGAACUAGCUCUGAGAAGCAUUUCCUUCAGCCACCCACUUCAGCGCUCACUUUAUCCGUUUCCGACACUUAUUGGCGCUUGGCGCUUCCUCUUGGAGCCACCCGUGACCACCCAUAUUGCAACCCUCUUGCACAUGGCACGGUCAAGUUGAGAGAUUUGAGGGUUUCUUCCAUCAUGGUGUGCGUUUCAGAAAUGGAUAUACUGAAAGAUAGGAACUUGGAGUUCUCAAAAGCUUUGGCUAAAGCAGGGAAAAGAGUUGAAACAGUUGUUUUCAAAGGCGUAGGACAUGCCUUCCAAGUGCUGCAUAAUUACCAGCUUUCACAUUCCCGAACCCAAGAAAUGAUAACCCAUAUCAGAAACUUUGUUUACCAGUAACUCCUGUGUUUGAUUAAUGUUCAGUUAUUACAGUUUGAUAGACUUAUAUAUAGCACAGAUAACGAUAGUUUGAGUAUCUAUGGUUUCAAAUUUCAAAUUGUUAUGUACAGUAGAGUUACUACUUGUGACACUCGAAUAUGAGAUUGGUAUGCUGCAGUC